AUGAGCUUCUCUCCCAAGACUGCCGCUGACGGCAAACCCAUUGGGGAGAUAUGUAACUUGCCCACGCCGGCUCUGUCUCCAAUCAGCGAGCACGGAAGUCCGGCAUUUCCAGAGCCAUCGAAGUCAACAGAGCGACUCGACGAUGUUCAACCUAGUCACAGAUCCCGCCAUCUACCUGACGUCGAGACGAAGUCGGAUCGAGAUGGAUCCCGACAUCGACGGCGCAGCAGCGAAACCAGAGCGCUGAAAUUGAGUCCAAAUCAAGUGCUGGAGCUCACUACCUCACCGGAAUCCCUUCCUCUACGCGCAAUCGWUGGAAAUCCAGCAAACUAUGACGAAAGCUUACAGUCGGACAAUCCGAUCACCGAGUUGCRUGCACUCGGGCCCCCCUUCCAACCCGAAGGCUCAGACUCUCCAUCUCCCGUCGUCAACGGACAUACGUUCAUCGCCGCCACGCCUACCUCGACCGUCCGACCGAAUGUCACUUCACGUUCGGCAUCUGGUCCGAUCUUCCAGCGCCGACAAUCAUCGUCGAAACCGUCGAAAACAAAGCCCCAGCUAUCGCCCUUGAAGACAGAUGACGCUAAGGAUCGCAGAUCGACCAGCAAUUCUGCCAGACCAUCUCCGAAACGCGAGAGGCAGGCAUCACCUAUGCCGUCGGUUCUGCCCAUUCCGCCUCUCUCACUCCCAACCUAUCUCCAUCUAGAGCUAUCGUCCGACAGGCCGUCUGCGCUCUACAUUCAUAGAUCGGAAUGGGCGGACUUUCCGUACGAGUCAUCCCAAGUGAAAUUUGAACGACUGCUCAACUUUUUCUACCUGCCGCCAAACUUGGAGCAGGUUCUCUGGUUUGGUGCGAUUGCGUGUCUGGAUGCCUGGCUCUACACCUUCACUAUCUUGCCCCUGCGCUUUACCAAGGCGCUGGUCAUACUUCUACGCUGGAUCCUUCUCGCAAUCACACAGGAAGCUCGUUUCUUGGCCACUUUUGUAUACAGCGGACUGGGGAGGAUCUGGCAACGUCGCCACGCCGAGACUACCACAGUUAAUCCCCGCCCGUCGGUUGCCAGAUCCACGGACGGCUCCGGGUCGCGGCAACCGAGCGCAGAACUCCAAAGCAGCCAUGCAGUAAAGAUGGACAAUCCGGCUGUACCGCCUGUCUCUGCCGGUGGGAAGCAGAAGUCUGGCUAUCGUCAUCGGCGCGCAAAAUCUACACCCUCUGCUCUGCUUCCUAACCACAAGGCAGACCUUCUUCAAGGUCUGCUGAUUGUUUGCAGCUGCACGAUCUUGAUGUAUUUUGAUGCGAGUCGGAUGUAUCAUUCCAUCCGGGGCCAAUCUGCCAUCAAGCUCUACGUCAUCUACAACAUGCUCGAAGUCUUUGAUCGCUUGUUCUCUGCGAUCGGCCAAGACAUCUUGGAGUGCCUGUUCUCCAAGGAGACCUUGGAGCGCAACGAAGCCGGUCGAAGCAAGCUUCUUCGCCCGCUGCUGAUGUUCAUUCUGGCACUCGUCUACAACGUCAUACAUGCGACUGCGCUAUUCUAUCAAGUCGUGACACUCAACGUAGCGGUCAAUUCCUACUCGAAUGCAUUACUGACACUGUUGAUGAGCAAUCAGUUCGUGGAGAUCAAGGGCACAGUCUUCAAAAAAUUCGAAAAGGAGAAUUUGUUUCAGUUGACGUGUGCAGACAUUGUCGAGCGCUUCCAAUUGUGGCUCAUGCUGAUCGUCAUUGCUUGUCGUAACAUCGUGGAAGUGGGAGGUGGCGAAACACCCGCCGUGCCUUUCUCAGCCAGUGGAGCCAGCGUGCCAUUGGUCUCUGGAUUCACGAUUCCCAAGGCCUUCAACGUCUUGCCUACAUGGACUGGUGAGGUUCUCGGUCCAUUCCUGAUAGUUCUGGGCAGCGAAGCACUGGUGGACUGGUGCAAACACGCGUAUAUUGGAAAGUUCAACAACAUCAAGCCAAACAUUUACAGCCGUUUCUUGGAUGUCCUCGCGAAAGACUACUAUUCGCACGCCUUUGCAGACCAGAAUCUCACGAAACGGUUUGGAUUGCCAGUGAUACCACUGAGCUGCCUCUUCAUCCGAGCUUGCAUGCAGACCUACCACAUGUUCCUCGCCAUCCACAUGCCGCUACCUAUCCCAUCCAGCGCCACGUCAAUCUCUGAUCCGGCCAGCUCUUCGCCGCUGACUACGGCCGCGUUGCAACACAUCGACCAAGUCUUCCGUCAGGCGCUUGGCAGAUCAACGUUUGGGGCGGGGAGCAAUCAUGUUGGAUACCGAUACUAUGACUUCGAUGAUUUCAUCGCUCUGGCUACCAUGGUGAUGUUCUUUCUGGCGAUAUACCUUGUUUGCCUGGCUUCCAAGCUAGUCUUGGGGAUCGGACUGCUCAACUUUGCUCGCAGAAGAUACAAAGGUAUGAAGGAGCGGGAACGCGAGAGCGUGGACACACAUGGACGGCGUGUCGGCGGUUGGGGGACCGUGGAAGUCAAUGAAGAUAAGCGGAGAUGGAUUUACGAGGAUGAUCCCGAUGGUGUGCAUCAAUUGAGGGAAAGGGAGAGGAAAGGACGCGAGAGAACCGAGAAGAGCGAUUUGAAGCUGGAUGGAGUGGAGCGGUAUGUAAUGGCUGCGAAGAGGAUUUGGUAG